AUGCUGUACUGUUUCGCCGAUUCCGAUGCGCACAAGAAUCCUGAGCUAGCCGCCAGGGCGAAAAGUUUCGUUCUCAAACAUUUUAUGGGCAUCUCGCAGGAACCAGAGUUCUUGCAGCUGCCGAAAGAUUCGGUUAUCGACCUGAUUCGCUGUGAUGACUUGUACGUGCCGCACGAAGAUGAUGUGCUAGCGACCGUUGUUCGCUGGCUGCAUCACGAUUUUGAACAGCGUCGUGGGGAGUUUUGGGAGAUGUUGCAGCAUAUUCGGCAGUUGUAUCUCAGUCCACAAUGCAGCGACCAGUACUUGCUGGCCUGCAUUAACGCCUUCAUGGAUUAUUCUGGUGCAGAGAACGAUCCUCGUCCGUCCGAGCAUCUGCAGGCCUUACCAGGGUAUACCAACGAGGCAUCCUCCGCCCGGUACACUGCAAGAAAAUCUUGUGGUUUCGAGGACAUCAUCAUCUGUGCCGGUGGUCUUGGUGAUGUGGAAGCUAGAUCGGCGCUCUACGGCACAGAAUGCUUCCAUCUACGCACUUCCAAAUGGGGCAGAAUCCCCAAGUUGCCGUAUAGCGUGGCUUCAGCUGGCUUGGCGUUCAUCAAUAACGAUCUAUUCCUGUGCGGAGGAUAUAUCGGCCGUGAGAACGGGACUGUGACGUCCCGGACACUGCGUUAUAACAGCGCUCUGGCUGGCUGGAUCGAUGUGGCCCCGAUGCAAACGGUCCACGAUGAUCUCGGAAUCGCCGCUAUAGGUGAUCACCUUUACGUCGUGAGUGGUCAUGAUACUGCUUGGGAUACAUUAGCCGCAGUGGAGCGCUAUGAUGUGGCCACCAAUCAGUGGACGUACGCGGCAUCCUUACCGACGCCCUUGGAGAAUUCAGCUGUCCUCAGUUUCGACGGUCAGCUGCUUACGUUCGGAGGUUGUGCGUCCGACGGGGCAUUGAUAUACGAUCUUGCAUACUGUUAUGAUCCGGUAGCGGACGUGUGGAAGGAGCUCCCGCGGAUGCCGACUGCACGAUACUAUGCCUCAGCCUGCCUCGGAUCCGACGGAUGGAUCUACGUUAUCGGUGCGCUAAUACCAGUGAUCUAG